AUGACUAGUAGUGUUGUUGUCCAGAAUUUAUUAGAAGCUGGCACCAGAAAGAUUGCUUCCCUCGUGCCCUUGGCUGCAGGGUUUCUUACAUUUGUGGGAAUCGAGUGCUUUGUGGAUCAAUUGGUUGCUUCAAUCAAACCAAUAAUUGGGCAGUACUUGGCCAAGUAUCUGCUAGCCUGCAGUGGUCCUGUGGUGACCAAAUACCUAGACAUUUAUGUUGCUUACAUUCUAAGCUACAAAACCAACAUUGAAAACCUCUUGAAACAAGUCAAGAAGCUCAAGGCUACAAGAGACUUGGUGCUGCAAGCUGUUGAAGAUGCAAAGAAGAGGGGAGAAGUGGUGGUCAGAGAUGAAGUUGAGAAAUGGCUGAGCAGCGUCGACCGGCUCACUGGAGAGGCUACCAAGUUUUUCGAAUAUAAAGGCGACGCCAACAGCGGGUGGUUUCGUUGGUUGUAUGGCCUGUUGAUGUCGCGGUACCAGUUGAGCAAGAAGGCAAAGAAGAUGAUAGAGCAUCUUGUUCAGCUCCAAGCAGAUGGAAUAUUUGCUAAGGCAGCCAUGGCCAUGCCUCCUCCUCCUCACGGUGGCCUCAUACCAUUUACGCCAAUCCACUCGAAGCUUGCUCUUCAUCUAAGAACCUCCAAACCCUCAAACACCUCCACGCUAAAUCUAUUAGGCUCUGCAUUUCCCACCACGACUUCAUUCGAACCAAGCUCGUUUUCUCCUAUGCCUCCUGUGCCCAACUGA